AUGCAAGGAGGAAUAGAGCAAGCAAAGACUGGAUUCAGCAACGCCACAAAUCGACAAGUAUUGCGAGAGUUCAUAGAUGUAAGAAAUGCAGCAGUCCCAAGUGACAUCGAAGAUACUAAAAAGAACAUUCUGCAUAACUUGGAUAAGUACCAAUACCAAUAUGGAUUUAUUGGACUUAUAAUGGUUGCGCUACAUGUUCUGAUACACCCAGAGCUGCUUACUGUCUUGGCAUGUGUUGCAGCAAUGAUGUACUUCUGCAGAACAAAGCUUGUGAUUCUUGAAGUGGAGAUAGAGCGAAGAUCAAUAUGCAUUGCUGGAAGUGUUAUCAUACUGAUCAUACUGAUCAUAUUCAAGGAGGCAAGCAUAGGGCUUCUUGCGAUCUCUGCAUUCACAGGAAUACUGGUCUUGUUGCAUGCUGCAUUCAUGCGAGAGCCUGCUGAGUGUGAGGAAGAAGUAUAA